GUCCCCGGGCAGACAUUGGCUCGGUGUGGUUUCCUUGGGGACGUGGCGCCGCUGGCGGCUGGGGCCCUCCUUCCGGCUGGGCUGGAAGCUUCAGGGAGCAGCGGCGGAGUGAGCCGAGCCGUGUGGACCGACCAGCGGGUCUCUGGACCCUGCUGCAGCCUUAGGAGAUGCCUGGGACAAGGAGGCCACCUUCUCAGGGCAAAAGGAAAAGGAGGUGACAGACGUUGAGACCACUGCAGGGAACCCAUGGCUAGGAUCAGUUUCUCCUACCUCUGUCCAGCCUCCUGGUAUUUCACUGUGCCCACAGUGAGCCCAUUUCUUCGUCAGCGGGUGGCAUUCCUAGGACUCUUCUUCAUAUCCUGUCUUCUUUUACUUAUGUUAAUGGUGGACUUUCGACAUUGGGGUGCUUCAUUACCAAGAGACAGGCAAUAUGAAAGGUAUUUGGCUCGGGUAGGGGACCUUGAAGCCACUAACACUGAAGACCCAAAUCUGAAUUAUGGACUUGUGGUUGACUGUGGUAGCAGUGGCUCUCGGAUAUUUGUUUACUUCUGGCCAAGACAUAAUGGGAACCCCCAUGAUUUGCUGGACAUCAAACAGAUGAGGGACCGCAACAGCCAACCUGUGGUUAAAAAAAUCAAGCCAGGAAUCUCAGCAAUGGCCGACACUCCAGAACAUGCCAGUGACUACCUUCGCCCUCUGCUGAGCUUUGCUGCUGCCCACGUGCCUGUGAAGAAGCACAGGGAGACCCCUCUUUAUAUCUUGUGCACCGCAGGCAUGAGGCUCCUCCCUGAGAGGAAGCAGUUGGCUAUCUUGGCUGACCUAGUGAAAGAUUUGCCGCUGGAGUUUGACUUCCUCUUUUCCCAGUCUCAGGCAGAAGUGAUCUCUGGGAAGCAGGAAGGAGUUUAUGCAUGGAUUGGAAUCAACUUUGUUUUGGGAAGAUUUGACCAUGAAGAUGAGUCAGAUGCUGAGGCUUCUCAGGAAUUGGCAGCAGGACGCAGAAGGACAGUAGGGAUAUUGGAUAUGGGAGGAGCCUCUCUCCAAAUUGCUUAUGAAGUUCCUGCCACAACCUCUGUCCUUUCUCCAAAACAGGAAGAAGCUGCCAAGGUCCUGAUGGCGGAGUUCAACCUGGGCUGUGAUGUGCAGCACACUGAGCACGUGUACAGAGUUUAUGUGACGACUUUUCUGGGGUUUGGAGGCAACUUUGCCCGGCAGCGCUAUGAAGACCUUGUGCUGAAUGAAACUCUUAACAAAAACAGAUUGCUGGGCCAAAAGACAGGCCUGAGUCCCGACAAUCCUUUUCUGGAUCCCUGCCUGCCUGUGGGGCUCACUGAUGUGUUGGAGAGGAACAGCCAGGUCCUGCAUGUGCGAGGAAAGGGAGACUGGGCCACUUGUGGUGCAAUGCUCAGCCCCCUGCUGGCUCGUUCCAAUACCAGCCAGGCCUCACUGAACGGCAUUUACCAGUCACCAAUUGACUUCAACAACAGCGAGUUCUACGGCUUCUCUGAAUUUUUUUAUUGUACAGAGGAUGUAUUGCGCAUCGGUGGCCGCUACCAUGGGCCAACAUUUGCCAAGGCUGCUCAGGAUUACUGUGGCAUGGCUUGGCCAGCACUAACUCAGAGAUUCAAGAAUGGCCUCUUUUCUUCACACGCAGAUGAGCAUCGGCUUAAGUAUCAGUGUUUUAAGUCAGCUUGGAUGUACCAAGUCCUACAUGAAGGGUUCCACUUUCCUUAUGACUAUCCAAACCUCCAGACUGCUCAACUAGUAUAUGACCGAGAGGUACAGUGGACGCUGGGAGCAAUUCUGUAUAAAACCCGAUUCUUGCCACUCAGGGAUCUUCGGCAGGAAGGUGUCCGACAAGCGCGUGGCAGCUGGUUCCGUCUCUCCUUCGUCCACAAUCACUAUCUCUUCUUGGCCUGUAUCUUGGUGGUGCUAUUGGCCAUCAUCCUGUACCUGCUGCGAAUCCGACGAAUUCACCACAGACACACCCGAGCCUCAGCUCCUCUGGAUUUACUGUGGAUCGAGCAGGUGGUGCCAAUGAUUGGGGUACAGGUGGGACCAUGAGGCUGGACCAGGAUUAGAGAAACUCCCAACACCCUACAGUUGCUGCUUAACUGAAUCCAUCCACUUUCUUGUACUGGCCUCAGAUGCUGCUUUGGCCUGGGACUUUCUACUUUAAUACUUCACUUCAAUUCCUUUUUAGUACCCAGGACCUCUUUUCAGAGAGAAGCUAUAAUUUAGUCUGUGAGGAGCUAAAUGGCAAGAGACCGGUGUUGACAAAGGCGACCGAGAUUAGCCCAGCAGAAGCGCGAGGUCUGACUUUCGGCAUACUGGAAGCCUUGAUGAAACCAAGCUCAUAGCAUCUGAUACUGAGCCGGAGACAUUCCAACAAAUGCAGCAGCCCCAACUUUCUCUGUAACAGAGAUAUCAUUUAUGUGGAGAUCCACAGCCUUUAUUAGGGACCCAAGAUCUUCAAUUCAGUGGACCAUAUGAAUAUCCAGGCAACCAAAAUGAUACAACGUCCUUGCUUACUUGAAGCCAUUGUGUAUGUGAUCCAAGAUCUCUGACAGUGUUGCUGAUGUUGCUAUCUAAGUUUACGAAAUUAGAAUCCCUUCUAAAUGGAUGAUCAUUGAAGACUUGACAGUAUUUAACUGAUACCUGGUAUGACCAGCGUAGAAAUCUUUCCAUGUCUAUGUGCCUCACAGGCUGCUUGGACAUUCAUUUUUCUUUUCGAGCCUUAAGUGUGCUUGUAGAAUGGAGAGACUGUGAUGGGGAGUAGGGGGUAUGGAUUUGUCUGGUUUCAGGUCACUGUCCCUGAGUCACGAUAGGAAGAGCCAGAGUUCUCUCAUUUCACUGCUAAGAUAGUAUGUAUCUUGGGAAAGGAUCUACUGGAGGUUUUUGUUUGUUUGUUUGUUUUUAAGUAUAGUAGCAUAUCAAGAGAGUAAGCAAAGGCAAUAAAAUUAAAGCUCUUAUUAUUAAGAACUACAAAUUUCAAUUUCUGACCCUUGGAAUGUCUGAAAAACAGCAGAUUCAGAGCUUUGGAAGGAAACAGAUAAUCUAUUAGGAAGCUACCUGGCAACUCUUAGACCAUGUUAGGUGGUUGCUCAUUUACAAAUAGCAUUUCCAGUAAUGAGAGGAAAAGCCAUAAUUACAUUUUGAUCCCCUGCCUUUCAAGAACUUUACUUUGUUUCUAGUUAGUCUGUGUUGCAUGGAGAUACUUCUUUAGCUGGUCACUUCCCCUGUGGAGUCUUUUACCUUAUCUCCUGCCCAAUUAGGUUCCUGGUGUUGAAGUACUUUUUAUUUAGGAGGGGGGGAAGGGAGAGUAUCAUGAGCCCAGGCUGGCCUAAAGCUUUCUGUAUAACAGAGGCUAUCCUUGAACUUUUGAUCCUUCUGCCUUCACCUCUCCAAGUACUGAUUAUGGGUAGGUGCCACUACACUUGGCUCACUUUUCUUUUUGCCAAAAACUUUGAUUUCUAGGAAUAGAUGGAUAGAGAAAAAGAUUUCUUUGACUUUAAUGAAUCAAAGUGGAAUUCUUCAAGUCUUCAAGUAUAUUCUAUACUGAAGUAAAAAGGAAUUAAGUACUUCAUGAAACAGAAAAAGAAAUUAAGAUUAUCCUAGAGAUAAACUGAGAUAAAAUAACUGCAUUAGUAAGUAUGACUCUGGUACAUGAAAGGGUGGUGAGGAUUAAAUUGUUGUCCUUCUCUCCCUCCCUCCCACCCCCUCUCUAAUUAAGGUAGUGUCUUGUUAUGUGGCCUAGGCUGGGCUGGUAGUCAUAAUCCUCCUAGCUUGGCAUCUUGAGUGGCAGGAUUACAGGUGUACCCACAUUAAAGUUUAUAUCUGGCGGACUUACGGCUUCCUUUGGAAAGGUCCAGUUUUGGUUUUUCGAGGUAGGAUCUUACUCUAGCCCAGGCUGACCUGGAACUCACUAUGUAGUCUCAGGGUGGCCUCAAACUCACAGAAAUCCUCCUACCUCUGCUUCGCUAGUGCUGAAAUUAAAAAUGUGCACCACCAUGUUCAGCUGUCUUUUUAUUAUGACUUAUGUCAUAGCAAUUUCUUUUCUUCAUUUUUAAGCCUUAUCAGUUGUGUUUUCUUUUUUUGUGUGUGUCUUGUAAGUGAGCCCUAGCCUAAAGAAUGAUGCUUAACAGUCAUGUCAGAUUAUAUCAUUAUGUUUUUGCUAGCCAUUUGUCUGCUCAGGUAACCUUUUCUUUUUAUUUCACCAAAUAUUAGUUUUGUCAUUCUUGGGAGAUCUAGACAAUGAUAUAGCAGUAAAAAGACUACUUAGUUAAUAGUGAUCAUAUUUGGGUGCUCAAACUGAAGCUGAAGAAGGGAGGCAGCAAGUAGGCCAACAUUAAAGCACUUAUCAAUGAAGUUAUUCUUUUUCUGGUUAUAGUAGCUACCACCUGUUGGGCACUUAUUAUAGCCAGAUAAUCUCUUCAAAAUUUUAUGUAUGCCAGGCAUGGUGUCUCCAUUGCCUUUAAUCCCAGCACUUGGGAGGCUGAAAUAGGAGCAUCACCAUGAGUUUGAGGCCAGCUUGGGUUAAAGUGAGACCUUACCUCAAAAACCAAAAAAAUCUUUUAUUACUGAAUCAUCAUGACAGCCUCUUAGAUUUAUAUUCACACGUUUUUAUAGUUGAGAAUCUCAGGAUACCUAAGCUUAUUAUUUUCCAUAUAAAUGUAUUUCUAAUUCUUAAUUUAUUUUAAUUAGUCUUUUGGUUUUUGUUUAAUGUGUUAUAUCUUGUUUGUUUUUCAUAUUGUAGGAUCUGUACUUGUUUUUCUUACCAAGUAAGACUUCUCAAAGUUCCAUAGUUUAAAAAUAAGAAGGGAAAAUUUCAUUAUGCUAUUCAGAAAAACUAAGCAUGUGUGCUCUUGGUAUUGUUCUUCCACUGCUCCCAGUUACUAGAUUUUACAUGAAAUCUUUCUCAUUAGCUAGAAGCUAUUCUUUGCCAAAGGCCAAAUAUUAUUUCCUAGGAGUGAAAUAUUCUUGCUUAAAAGAGCCAUUUCCUCUAGCCUCUUUUACCCUUCAGUUUUUUUAAGACUUCUUUUUUCAUUUCUGCAUGGUGAGGGUCUUUCCUGUGCAGAUAAUCAUGGUAUAAUAAAAUUCACAUUCCACUGGUACUUUGAAUCUGGGUGAUACCUUGGGUAACAGCAGCAGUGAGCCUGGAUGCUCUAGUGCUUGUGUUAUUACCCCCUGAGGCAGGUCACAAUCUAAAAGCUGGAGUCAGUGGCUUAUCAUCACAGUGAUGCUUUGUAUAAUGAUGAUACAACCCAUCAUUUCCUCUUGAAUGCUAGAACAUAAUGAAAAUGUGUGAUACCCACUUAGGUGGCAUUACAUUCAUUUAUACGCAGCUAACCUAAAUCCAAAUGAUGCCAUUUUCCCUCUUGUACCUUAUCUCCUUGAAUUUCUUUGGUUUGGGACAUGUUUAGUUACUUUCUACCAACACUGUAUUUUUUCUGCAGAUGUCAUCUGAAGUCCACUGCCCAAGAGCUUUUUUUUUUUUUUUUUUUUUUUAACUUCAAGGCCUUGGGUAGUGAUUAUUGAAAUGUGGUUGACUGAAAGCCUGCCAUGCAACCACCAAGCUAGGCUUUUUAGGCAUUAGCACUUGCUAUUAUGUCUGUAAUUACAUUUUUGAAAUAAAAUAAUAUCCUUCUCACUGGUGCCUCCCUCCUACCACAGUCACAUAAUUUUGUGUUUGCUUUUUGUUAGGUGUGAUUUUAGGGAAGGAACACCACUUAACCCAUAGCCAGCUAUGACUCCCGUCACAGCUUAGUAAUUUCCUAGCAUUAGCACCCUACACAAGUCACCUGCCUGCUGGUUCAGUUCUCAUCCAUACAAGGUGGCUAGAAAGGAGAAGGAGCCUAAAGGUCAAAGAAGGUCAGGAAGAGGAUUGUGGGUUUUGGUUUAGAAGAACAUUGUCUUUUGUCCAUGGCCUCUGACAUGAGAGUGGAGUUCCCAAUAGCAGUCAUUAUAGGUAAAUUCCAGAAGAUGAAAGGUUGCUUGUUUGUCUUUAAUUUAUGAAGAAUAGAGGUUUAUUUAGCUCAUGAUCCUGAAAGCGGGUACUAGUACUUGCUCAGCGUUUGACGAGUCUUCUUAGGAUGAGAGUUUUAAAGCUGGGAUUUCUGAGUUCUAGUCAACUCACUUUGAUUCUUUUAUAUACAAUGAAAUUGAGACCCAGAGCUAUUGUAAAGUGUGCAAAGUCACGAGUGGCCUCCUCUGCCAGAAAUUUGACAGUAACAACUUUGCAAUCAGUUGAGUACUUAUUGAUGGUCUUUCUGCAAGUGAAUUUAAAUAGCAUCUGUUCUUUAUAGUACAACUGUCUGCAACUGUGCCUAAUUUAUAAAGGCUUCUGAUCCUCAGGUUUAGAAAAUAUCCUUUGAAAGAAAUACCUAGAAGUUAUGGCAAGUUUUUAUUGCGUCUAUUUUAGCUGCUGUAGUUCUUUUAAUAUUUAAAAAAAUUAUAUUUUUCUUUUAAGCAACUUGCUUAAUUUUGCACAAUUUUCUAAACCAUAGCAUUCAAGCAGUUAAUAUGAUGGUUGUAAUCCAAAUGAAGGUAAAAAUGCCUAGUAGAGAUAUCUACCUCAUUGCAGAAUUUACAGUUCUCCAGAGUGGUGUUUGGCAUGACUGUUCCAGGUGAGAGAGCAGGAACUAAAGUAGAAGUACCUAUGGCUAUGUCAGGUCUCCCAGAAUAGACUGUUUCUGCUGGCCUCAGACCCUUGCCAUCAGGACAACAUGCUCCCUUCAGAUUUGUGAAGAUUCUGUUGGUGUAAAAAUUAUGACCAUUUAGAACCAGGUGUGGUGGUGCACGCCUUUAAUCCCAGCACUUGGGAGGCAGAGGUAGGGGGAUCAUGGUGAGUUUGAGGCCACCCUGAGACUACAUAGUAAACUCCAGGUCCGCCUGGACUAGAGUGAGACCCUACCUCAAAACACCAAAAAAAUUACCAUCCUUUAAACAUGAGGACUCAAGAGCAAGUUUUGGCUCCUUUGGUUUACAAUAUAGAAUAACAACUGUUCUUGUAAACAGUGAAUGUCUCUAAAAUCAAAUACUUUUAGGUAAUGUAUAUUCUUGGGUUUUUUGUUGUUGUUUUUUCAAGGUAGGGUCUCGCUGUAGCCCAGGCUGUCCUGGAAUUCACCAUUUAGUCUCAGAGUAGCCUUGAACUCAUGGUGAUCCUCCUACCUUUACCUCCUGAAUGCUGGGAUUAAAGGCGUGCGCCACCACACCCAGCUAAUGUAUAUUCUUUAUGGCUCAGCCUUUUGCCUUCCCACUUCUAACUUGGAUAGAUUCAAGUAGAAAGCUGUGGCACCCUGUUUGGAUGUCCUGUUAACCUUGUGAUUCCUCUUGUUGCAUGAAGCCUGUUUUAAAGUUUCAGCUGAGCCUGCUUUGUCUUGUUGUAGACCCCAGUAGACUGUCUUUGUAUCACACAUUUUCCCUUUGCCAUAGUAGUUCACUAUUGCCCAGCUUGUCUGUAGGCACAGAGGAUAAAUCAUUUUCCAGCUGACAUGUUGUUUUUGGAAAUCUGAGCAAUAAAGAGAUCCAUUUAAUGUGUAAA